CUCAUCUCGAGCGAAGCCAUAUUUUUUUUUUAUUAAAAAUAAAAUUCCCUCUUCUCUAUCUAAAAUUAACACACCCUCUCUCUCUCUCCCUCUCUCUCUCCCUCUCUAAGGUGCGCUAUUUCUCUCUCUCUAGAUACACAACAACAUACGCACAUCAGGUUCUGGAGGUGUUCUUUGGAUGCAUUAGUGAGUCAUUUGGAUCCCCUCACUUACUGAUCGGAUCUAAGUGAUCGUGUGGUGAAGAUGUUGACCAAGUUUGAAACGAAGAGUAAUAGAGUGAAGGGACUGAGCUUCCACAGUAAGAGACCGUGGAUCCUCGCAAGUCUUCACAGUGGUGUGAUCCAGCUAUGGGACUACCGUAUGGGGACUCUCAUUGAUCGAUUCGACGAGCAUGAUGGGCCCGUUCGCGGUGUCCACUUCCACAAAUCUCAGCCUCUCUUUGUGUCUGGAGGGGAUGAUUAUAAGAUCAAAGUUUGGAACUAUAAGAUGCAUAGGUGUCUUUUUACACUUCUUGGGCACCUUGAUUAUAUUCGUACCGUGCAGUUUCACCAUGAGUACCCAUGGAUUGUUAGUGCCAGUGAUGACCAGACCAUUCGUAUAUGGAACUGGCAGUCACGUACUUGCAUUUCAGUUUUGACAGGCCACAAUCAUUAUGUCAUGUGUGCCUCAUUCCAUCCUAAAGAAGACCUUGUUGUAUCUGCCUCCUUAGAUCAGACUGUCCGUGUUUGGGAUAUUGGUUCCCUCAAGAAGAAGACUGUAUCCCCUGCAGAUGACAUACUACGACUAAGUCAGAUGAAUACAGAUCUUUUUGGUGGUGUUGAUGCUGUUGUUAAGUAUGUCUUGGAAGGGCAUGAUCGAGGUGUUAAUUGGGCUUCAUUCCAUCCGAACCUACCUUUGAUUGUCUCAGGCGCAGAUGAUCGCCAAGUUAAAUUGUGGCGGAUGAAUGAUACAAAGGCUUGGGAAGUGGACACACUGAGAGGGCACAUGAAUAAUGUUUCAUGUGUUAUGUUUCAUGCCAAACAGGACAUAAUUGUAUCGAACUCGGAAGACAAAAGUAUCCGUGUUUGGGACGUAACAAAGCGAACUGGAAUUCAAACUUUCCGACGAGAGCAUGACCGUUUUUGGAUUCUUUCAUCUCACCCUGAAAUGAAUCUGUUGGCUGCAGGUCAUGACAGUGGCAUGAUCGUAUUUAAGUUGGAGAGGGAACGUCCAGCCUUUGCAGUGAGUGGUGAUUCUCUGUUCUAUGCUAAGGAUCGCUUCUUGCGAUACCAUGAGUUUUCAACCCAAAGGGACACACAAGUUAUUCCAAUUCGACGCCCUGGUUCCACCACUUUAAAUCAAAGUCCGAGGACUCUUUCUUACAAUCCUUCAGAAAAUGCGGUUCUUAUUUGCUCAGACUUGGACGGGGGAUCUUACGAAUUGUAUUUGAUACCCAAGGACAGCAUUAGUAGGGGUGACAGUAUGCAAGAUGCAAAGAGAGGUGUUGGAGGUUCAGCUGUGUUUAUGGCACGAAAUAGGUUUGCUGUGCUUGACAAAAGCAACAACCAAGUCUUGAUUAAGAAUUUGAAAAAUGAGGUUGUUAAAAGGAGUGUUUUUCCUUUUGCUGUUGAUGCAAUAUUCUAUGCCGGAACAGGUAAUUUGCUGUGUAGGGCAGAGGACAGAGUGUCUAUAUUUGACCUCCAGCAGAGGAUUGUUCUUGGUGAGCUUCAAACCCCCUUCAUCAAGUAUGUUGUUUGGUCCAAUGACAUGGAAAGUGUUGCCUUGCUCAGCAAACACGCCAUUAUUAUUGCUAGCAAGAGGCUUGUGCACCAGUGUACUCUUCAUGAGACAAUCCGUGUAAAGAGUGGUGGCUGGGAUGACAAUGGUGUUUUCAUUUACACGACUCUAAAUCACAUAAAAUAUUGUCUCCCUAAUGGAGAUAGUGGGAUAAUCAGAACCCUAGAUGUUCCUAUAUACAUUACGAAGGUUUCUGGAAAUACCAUAUUUUGCUUGGAUCGGGAUGGGAAAAACAGAGCCAUAGUUAUUGAUGCCACCGAAUACAUUUUCAAGUUAUCCCUGUUUAAGAAGCGGUAUGACCAUGUUAUGAGCAUGAUAAGGAGCUCACAGCUCUGUGGGCAGGCAAUGAUUGCUUAUCUGCAACAGAAGGGGUUCCCCGAAGUGGCUCUCCAUUUUGUGAAAGAUGAAAGAACCAGAUUCAAUCUGGCCCUAGAGAGUGGGAAUAUUCAAAUUGCAGUGGCAUCCGCUACAGCAAUUGAUGAAAAAGAUUACUGGUAUAGGUUGGGGGUGGAGGCUCUUCGUCAGGGCAAUGCAGGUAUUGUGGAGUAUGCCUACCAGAAGACUAAAAAUUUUGAGAGGCUAUCUUUCCUUUAUCUCGUAACUGGUAAUAUGGAAAAGCUGUCAAAGAUGCUGAAAAUUGCUGAGGUUAAGAAUGAUGUCAUGGGUCAGUUCCACAAUGCACUGUAUCUAGGCAAUGUCCAGGAGCGUAUUAAGAUCUUGGAGAAUGUUGGCCACUUACCCCUUGCUUACAUCACAGCUUCAGUUCAUGGCCUACAUGAUGUUGCUGAACGGCUAUCCGCUGAGUUGGGAGAAAAUGUUCCAACCUUGCCCCAGGGGAAAGUACCCACUCUUUUGAUGCCCCCAACGCCAGUUAUGUGUGGUGGUGAUUGGCCUCUUCUUAGAGUCAUGAGAGGUAUAUUUGAAGGUGGGUUGGAUAAUAUUGGCAGGGGUGCUGCAGAUGAAGAGGAUGAGGCUGCUGAUGGUGACUGGGGUGAGGAGCUGGACAUGGUUGAUGUUGAUGGCUUGCAAAAUGGAGAUGUCACUGCUGUAUUGGAAGAUGAGGAAGUGGCUGAAGGAAAUGAGGAAGGGGGAGGAUGGGACCUUGAAGAUUUGGAGCUCCCCACUGAAGCGGACACACCAAGGGCUUCUGUUAAUUCUAAUUCAUCAGUUUUUGUUGCUCCAACUAUUGGCAUGCCUGUAAGCCAGAUUUGGAUCCAGAGAUCUUCUCUUGCUGCUGAACAUGCAGCAGCAGGAAAUUUUGAUACUGCAAUGCGCUUGCUGAACAGGCAACUUGGAAUCAAAAACUUUGCUCCCUUGAGACCCAUGUUUCUUGAUCUUCACACUGGCAGCCACAGCUAUCUACGUGCAUUUUCAUCUACUCCAGUGAUAUCACUUGCCGUUGAGCGUGGGUGGAAUGAAUCUGCUACCCCAAAUGUGAGAGGCCCGCCAGCACUUGUGUUCAAUUUUUCUCAGUUGGAAGAGAAACUCAAAGCUGGUUACAAGGCUACAACAGCUGGGAAGUUAACUGAAGCUCUUAGGCUCUUCCUUGGCAUUCUUCACACAAUUCCUUUGAUUGUUGUUGAUUCAAGGAGGGAAGUUGAUGAAGUUAAGGAGUUAAUUAUAAUAGUGAGAGAGUAUGUUCUGGGAUUGCAAAUGGAGCUGAAGAGAAGGGAAAUUAAAGAUAAUCCAGUACGUGAACAGGAGCUUGCAGCUUAUUUCACACACUGCAAUCUUCAAAUGCCUCACGUAAGGCUUGCAUUGGUUAAUGCUGCGAGAAUUUGCUUCAAGGCAAAGAACUUUGCCACUGCAGCUAACUUUGCCAGGCGGCUAUUGGAAACCAACCCCACCAUCGAGAUUCAAGCAAAGACAGCCAGGCAAGUGCUGCAAGGAGCAGAGAGGAAUAUGACUGAUGCCUCUCAACUGAAUUAUGAUUUCAGAAACCCAUUUGUGACUUGUGGGGCAACAUAUAUACCAAUUUACCGAGGACAGAAGGAUGUCUCUUGCCCGUACUGUAGCUCACGGUUUGUGCCAACCCAAGAAGGGCUGCUCUGUACUGUUUGUGAUCUUGCAGUGGUUGGGGCAGAUGCUUCAGGGUUGCUAUGUUCUCCUACUCAGGUUCGAUAGUCAAGCUGCUACUAGGAGGAUUCAUCCUUUUGGCUGAAGAAGCGUUUAUGUUUAUUGGUUUAUACCUGCCAGUUAAUUGACAACCAUGAGCUUUGAGAAGGGAAAGGGGGAGGACAAAUGUUCUGUUUUUGGCAACUAUGUUGCUAUUUUUGUUUUUGUUUUAUUUUUCAGACGCAGGCAAUGGUGUAUUACUCCUAGUGAACAUUUUGAAUCUAGUUUGAGCAAAUUUUUUCAUUGAGAUGGUGUUAUGUAAUAUUAAGCAGAGUAUGCGCGCCGAAUUUUUAAUGGUAUAGUUAUUUUUAAAUGGUCAUGGUUACAGUUUGUUGUUCA